CUAUUGCUAGUGUCACUAGCUAAACCUCUGCGUAAUCUUUUCAAAACAUGGAUCAGAAAUGCGCAAUCGCGUUUGCAUUUGUGUGCAUCAUUGUCGCCGGUGUCGGUGGCCAGUCUCCAGCUGCCGCGCCCACAAAAACUCCAGUAUCCGCUGCCCCACCGACAACAGCUCCCGUUAAAGCUCCUGUUACAGCCCCUGUAACAGCUCCUGUUACAGCUCCUGCGAAAGCCCCGGCGAAGCCGAAAUCACCCGCUCCCGUUGCGACCCCGGCAACUGCUCCAACUAAAGAGACUGUUCCUGCUCCUGUCGAAGCACCGACAUCAACUCCUCCCGCAGCUGCGCCCGUGAGUUCGCCGCCAGCUCCAGUUCCAGUGGCGAAAUCCCCUCCAUCACCCGCCCCAACAACUGCUCCGGAGGCCGCCCCUGUAGCUCCAGUGGCUGCUCCUACUACUCCUGUGGAGGUGCCGGCACCGGCUCCAAGCAAGAAGAAGAAGCCGAAGAAGCACAUUGCUCCUGCUCCAGGCCCGGCUUUGUUGGGCCCACCUGCGCCACCUAAGGAGGCUCCGGGACCGAGCUUGGAAGCAUCUGCUCCCGGCCCAUCUGUGGCGGCCGAUGAGAGUGGGGCAGAAACGGUGAAGGGCGUACAGAAAUUGGUGGGUGGACUGGGCGUUGGAUUGGGUGUGAUCGCUUUGAUGUUCUAGAGAGAUGAUUACUCAUAUACCCCCACCCCCUCAUGUGUCACUUUAAUUACGGCUUUAGUUUCACUUUUGAUGAUAUUUAAUUGCCAUUUGUUUGUUUGAUUACAAAUUAGUAUUUAUUGUUAUGAAUCUCUGAGCUGGUGCCUACCAUAUAUUGCUUUGUAUUUAUUCUUUUGGUGAAGCUUGAGGUUGAGGGGAUAGGAGACACUCUUUAAUUCAUUACUUCUGGACUCUUGUAGCCUGUCUAUUACAUCUUUUUCUUUGCUUUGCUUUUCUUUC